UCAUCAUUCAUCCGGGCCUUGCGUAGACAUGGUGCAAGACCAAACAGCCUCGCCCGAACUACUGGCCUGGGAUCCAUCAGCGCUAGCUAUAGUGUGGAGGUGCUCAUUUAUAGCAACCUACUCUGCCUGCUAGCUAGCUGCUCUGCGGUUCCGGGAAGAAACAUGGUGGCUCUUUGAAACCUCACAACAGACUAGUCUAUUACUUACAUGGAUUUUGAGUAGCCUGACGCACUGUUCUGUUAGGAUUUUGAGAUGCAGAGCAAUCUGAGUUCAUGAGUGAGGAUAGGCAAAGUUUAUAGUGUGGUGAGAAAUUUCAACUCUCUGUCAAAAUGAGUUUCCUGUCCAAUCCACUGUUGGCUGGUUCAACAUCAGCCAAGUCUAAGGCAUCGGGGCUAACAGCCACCAAGCGAAAGGCAAGCAAUGGCAAUCAAGCACAGGGGUCUGCCCCAAGCAAGCAGCCAACCACUGAGAUGUCCCUCCAAAGUAGUAGCCUCCUUCUAGGUAGUUCCCUUCUUGGGGGGAACUCUAAAUUUGGACUGGGCCUGCAGUCAUCUAGUCUGGGCACGAAGUCACCGCUAAUGGCUAGUACUGGUUUUAAUAGCAAGCCCCAAGGCAGCUCUGGCUCUGGAAGAUCCCUAUUGGCUGGUGGAAGCCUACUAUCCUCGAGCAGCUAUCUGUCAUCGUCAUCUUCUCUAUCGUCCUCAACAUAUGGAAGUUCUCCUGCUUACGGAAGUUCUGUAUUGCCGAACAAGCAGAAGACACGUAGCUUGAGCCGAAGCAACAGUAACCAGGUUGAUGAUUCCAAAACCAAGAAGGUCAAAUCUCAGCAUCAUCCAGAGCAGACCAAGGUCAAGGAGGACAGCGUCAUUGAUCCAACUCUUACCACGUGUGAGCUACCAGACUAUGACUUCUCACGUCAGCUUCCAGUAACAAGUACAGUUGUGCAGGAAUACGUCCCUUCUUUUGAGAAACUGGACAUGGUGAACACUCUGUCGACUAAUCCAGGGGAAAAUUACUUGACUGAAUUGAAGCAACAAUUCAUCAAUGCUGUGAGUGCAUCUUUGAUCGGUGGCCCCAACUUUCAUGAGCGUGCAGACGGUACCAGAAAGAAUAUCAACAGACAGGCUACCUCAAUCAUUGAUAAAGACCCAGAAUUCAUCCUAAAGGUUGCACUGUAUACAAGGAAAGAGUUGAACAUUCGUACUACAGCCAAUUUCCUGCUAGCUCUCGCAGCCAUGACCCCUGAUUGCCGACCUUUUCUCAGGAAGUACUUCAGCACCAGCGUUGCCCUGCCAUCUGAUUGGAUAGAUGUUGCUGAACUUUACCAGACAUUCCAUGAUAAGAACAUCAACUAUGGAUCUCUGCCCUCGGCCCUUCGCAAGGCCAUGAUUGAUCGCUUCCCUCGGUUCGACCAGUACCAACUGGCAAAAUACAACAAGGAGAAGAAAAAGAAGAAGAAACCUGUCGCCACAACUGAUAAGCCAGCAGAGGAGAAGCCCCCAAGUGAUAGUGAAAGCGAUGAUGAUAAAGAUGAGGACAGUGAUACGGACGAGGAGGAGAUGGAGAGACUGAGCUUUACCCUCAAGCAGUUGAUCAGGAAGCUUCACAUCAAGGAACCUGUGGACAGUGUCAUGUGCCUUCUUGGAAAGAGGUACCCAGAAGAUAUGGAGACCUUCUACGCGAGUCGUCUUUCCGGUACAUGGGACACUGAGAGGGCAGGCAAGAGGAUGAAGCUACCUACCCCAGAGACCUGGGAGACACAGGUCUCACUCAAAGGCAACAAAGCAGCAGUCUGGGAACAGCUCAUCGACAACAAGAAGUUGCCGUUCAUGGCCAUGCUGCGUAACCUGCGCAACAUGAUUGCUGCAGGGAUCAGUGAGAAGCAUCACAAGUGGGUCCUGUACAAGCUGACUGACAGAGGCUCAGUGGUCUACAGCAAGCAGUUCCCAUUCAGGUUCUUCUCAGCCUACGAAGUGCUCACGAGCAUGGAGUAUGACUUGAAGAAAGCAGAUAAACUGAAAGAGCAGUUAGCUAGUGGUAUUAAGCCCCCUCCAAGGAAACAGCGGGGUAAAAAAGAGGACCCGAUACCCAAGUGGAAACGGGCAAAGAUGGACAAGAAACUCAGUGAGCUGCCAUAUGACAUCAGUAUCUUGAACCGCUACCGCAAGGCCCUUGACUCUGCCGUCAAGAUCGCCACCAGCUACAACGUGAAGCCGAUCCCAGGCAAGACCCUCCUACUGUGCCAUGUAGGCAAGUCUAUGGAGAGACCAUGUACCUCAGCCAAGGGACUGGGAAAGAAGAGGACUGUUUUGGAGGUGGGUGUCCUGUUGGGUCUGAUGUGCAAGUAUUCCUGUGAGAACUGUGACAUGCUCAUCUUUGGUGGCAACUCUCAUCGUACCGUAGAGCUGGAGUCUGGAACCAUUCUAGAUAACAUGGCCAGUGUCCUAGGCCAAGCUCAGGUCAUGAUGACCCAAGAAGAACAAGGCCAAGGACUAGAUCCUACGAUUCUGGGUGAAAUAUUGAAGGAUAGAGAUGAGUUGGAUAAUCUUGUUAUUCUGAGCAACUCGGCCAUGCAAGAAGGGAAGGAGGCAGAAAUGAUAAAGGGUUUCCUCACCAAGUAUCGUCGGGUUGUCAAUGAGAAUCUACUCUAUGUCAGCGUGGACCUGAGUGGGGGAAGAUGCAGCUUGUCAGCCACGCCUUCCCAUCCCAAUGAUAUCUACAUUGCUGGAUACAGUGACCAGAUCCUAAGAUUCAUUGCUGAGAGAGGGGAUACUGGACAGGUCACUCAUGUCCAGAACAUUGACAAGGCUUACAAUCUAGAUGAUAUAAAGAUCCAAACUGGAAAGAAGAAGGAUCUGGUGACACCAGAGAUUCCACGAGCACUACCAGCUCCUCAGCAGACUAGAAGACACCAUACAGUGCGUGUCUUCAUCUCCUCCACGUUCCGUGACAUGCAUGGCGAGCGUGACCUCCUGACCCGGUUCGUAUUCCCAGAGCUACGAGCCAAGGCGCGCACCCGCUUUGUGAACCUCUAUGAAGUAGAUCUACGAUGGGGAGUCAGCGAGGAGCAGACUAAACACAGCAGCUCUGUUGAGGUGUGUUUGCAGGAAGCCAAUCGCUGCGACCUCUUCAUUGGCAUCCUGGGAGAUCGCUAUGGUUAUGUCCCUAACGACUACCCUGACCUGAGCGAUAACGAAGACUUCAACUGGCUGUCUACUCAUCCCAAGUCACGCUCCAUCACUGAGCUAGAGAUGUAUCACAAGGCCCUGAGACACUCUGAGGGUAGUACCAAGGCUUUUUUCUUCAUCAGAAGCUCUGAAUUUGUGAAGCAUGUCCCAAACAAGUUGAGAAGCCAGUUUGAAGAUGAGAGUAGCCAGAGCAAGGAGAAACUAGCAAGCUUGAAGGAAACCAUUCGUACCAGUGGAUGUGAGGUCUUUGAUGGUUACCCAUGCCAUUUUGGAGGAGUCGUGGAGGGUAAGCCAGUUGUAGUGAACCUUGAGGAGUUUGGUCGCCGUGUCAUCAACAAUGUCUGGAACCACAUCAAGCAAGCAUACCCUGAAGAUGGUGAGAUACUUGAUGAAGUGGCCCAUGAGAGGGCACAGCAUGACAUGUUCCUGCAGUCGCAGCUGGCCACGUUCACCGGCAGGAAGACCCAGGUCAAGCAGUGUCUGGAAGCUGUCAAGAAGGCAGAGACGGGAAUCAUCAUGGUUACAGGCAAGCAGGGAUGUGGCAAGACAGCUCUAAUGGCCUCUGUUGUAGACACUCUGCAGAGCAAGUCGAGCCAGCCCAUCAUUGUUCACUUUGUUGGUGCCGUACCUGGAUCCAGUCAUGUAUCUCCACUUCUCAAGAGACUAUGCAAUGAGCUCGUACGUCGCUUUGGUCUGCAGAGCCAAGUCCCUCAGGAAUACAAGAACCUUGUAUCUGAAUUCCCACGUUUCCUGGAAGAAGCAGCAGGGCAUGUAGACUCCACUAAUAAGCUAAUCAUUGUCAUCGAUGGCAUCAGCGGCAUGGACGCGGCUCACCAGGCCCACAACCUGGACUGGCUGCCACAGAACAUUCCCCAGAAUGUCCUGUUCAUUGUGAGUGCGGUCAUGUCAUCUCCUGCCCACGCUGCUGUGGUCAGACGCCAGGCCACCAUGGUAGAGCUUGGACCUCUAGAUCUGAUGGACAAAGCUGAGGUGGUCAGAAGAACACUGGCUGCUCAUCACAAGAAACUGGAUGAAUCACCAUUCAAUAACCAGAUGAAGCUACUGGUGUCUAAAAGAGAAGCCAACCUACCUCUCUUCUUGAAACUAGCCUGUGAGGAGCUACGUGUCUUUGGAGUCUUCGAAGAGGUUUCCACUCGUCUCAAGGCAAUGUCACAUACCAUAGGCACACUACUCCAGGAGGUAUUAAAGAGACUGGAAGAUGAUCAUGGUCUGGAUAUGAUCAACAUGGCCCUUGCACUGCUUGUCUCCACAAGAGAUGGAUUAUACGAGGAGGAUCUACAUUACUUGCUAAGCCUACACCAGCAGAUGAAAGAUAGCAAGUACACCUACAAACAAGUGAUAGGUACUGCUCUAGGCCCUGAGGUUAUGCUCCCUCAGGCUGUCAUGUCAAGACUAGUACGGGGGAUCAGGUCUCUCCUCGCACCUACUGGGGAACACAGUGACCAUAGACUAAGGGUCAGUCACGGUCAGAUCAGCCAGGCCAUUAUCCAGCGCUAUAUGAAGGGAGCUGCGAGUGAACUCCAGAUCAGAACUCAUGCCCUGCUUGCAGGUUACUUCACUCACCUAUCCAGGACCAAGAACGCUGUGUCUCCGUGGUCUCCACACUACCCUCAUGCUCUCUCUGAGAUGCCUUAUCAUCUGGUACAGGCCGGAUUGUUUGGAGAGCUCAAGAACGUCUUGUCCGAUCCAUUCUACAUCCAGGCCAAGUGUGUCUCGGGGCUCACAGCUAGUCUGCUGGAAGACUUCCAGGCAAACACCUCCACCACUUCGAAGGCCAUCCUACGCGAACGUGAGAAGUUCCUGACCAACCCUCUCAUCGCCAGCCUACGCUCCUUCGUCUCUCGACACCUCCACAUCCUGACCCUCUGCCCUGGGUUGCUAUGGCAACAAGCCAUGAAUGAACCAGACAGCUCGCUGGUACGUCAUACUGUGCUGGAGUCUGCUGGAUGCAGAGAGAAGGGUAUUGUUGCGUGGAGGAACAAGAGAGAAACGGCUGACGAGUGCUCCAUGACCCUAACCGGAUUCACCGAUGCUGUUCUGUGUGUUGCUAUAGCUCCAGGUGAUCAGGUCUUUGCAGUUGGAACGAAGAAUUGCCAGCUCAAACUCUUUGAGAUGGAUACUGGAAAGGAAUUGAAGAGUUAUAUUGGACAUUCUGAUGCUGUGACAUCGUGUUGCUUUGUUGGCCGGACCCGUCUUGUCUCUGCCUCACGUGACAAAACCCUGAGUCUGUGGGAUGUUGAUCAAGGCUUCAGGGUCAACAUUCUGAAGGGUCACAGGGGACUGGUCAGCGGGUGUAUCUCUGACCCCAAGGGUGUCAACCUGGCCUCCUGCGGCUGGGAUUGCCGUGUCCUCAUCUGGGAUGGACGCAGCGGCAAGCAGACCACGGACAUCACCGAGCCACGCCCUAUCAGCUGUCUGUCCUACCACCCUGAAGGGAAGCUUCUCGUCACGGGGUCGUGGGAUUCCACACUCAAGAUCUGGGAUACCUUCAACAAGAAGAGAGUAGCUAUUCUGCGUGGUCACCAUUCUUCUGUACGUGCCGUGACCUAUUCACCGACUGGUCGUCACAUUGCCUCGGCCUCACUAGAUGGCGCCGUCAAGCUCUGGUCAGCAGACACUGGAACACAGGUCGGCAGUCUAUGCGGACAUUCGCAGCCGAUCAAUCACAUUGCCUUCUCAAAGAACGGAAGAGAGCUGGUCACUGUGAGCAACGACCACAAGACAAAGAUCUGGUCAGGCAACCUUGGCAAGCAGCUGGCUACCUUCAAGGGCAAGGAUGAAUCGGCAUCGACCCAAGCUGCCUUCAGCGCCGAUGGUGAGUUCGUUGCCAUGGGAUACCACUCCGGAGAGGUCAAGGUCAUCGAGGUCGCAAGCAAACGUGAGGUGUUCACCUGCCAGGAUAGAGAGUCAAGGGUCAAAGGCAUAGCUUGGUUAUUAGGAAUGAGCAUCCUGGUGGGCUACGAGAGUGGGCAUGCUGUGAUUUUCAAGGAUAUUGAAACUACCAAGCCAGCUGUAGUCCCACUCAAAGCAAACCAUGCAGCCAUCACAAGCCUGGCUUACUGCAACGGCAGCUAUGUAGCUGCUAUCACCUAUGAUAACAUGUGUGUCGCUCUGUGGAAGAGUCCAAUGGAUGCCAAAGGUGGAAAGGAAGGGAUCGAGCCUACAUACUUACUGCAUCCUAAGUGCAAUGGACUCAUUACCUGCUGUACAUUCAAUCAGUAUGGCACCAGAUUGGUUCUAGGAACAAGAGAUGCGAUGUUGUUCAUGUACGAGAUCAAUUACGGAAAGCCCACGUCAAAGCCGAUCCUUCAUCUCGACAACUGCCACAAGGAUUGGAUUAAUUCUUGCGCUUGGUCUCCAGCUACUGACGUGUUGGCCACUGCGUCCAAUGAUUCUACCAUCAAACUAUGGGACAUGAAGACCGGCAAGGUCAAGUGUCACCUCAAAGGUCACCAAGCAGCUGUGUACUCCGUCGCUUUCUCACAUGGUUGCGUUGUAUCGGGAUGUUUAGAUGCAUCGGUCAAGGUCUGGUCUCACCGUGGUGUGGAGAUCACCACUCUCUACGGUCACUCUCAGAAGGUCAACAAGGUGGACAUCCAUAUACCUAAUGCGGACCCUGAUGUACCCAUAAAAGAUGAUGUUGAUAGCGAUCAUGAAGGCGAGGACGACGCCCCUGGAGCCAAAUGGUCAGAUGUCAUGGAUGAAGAAGAUUGGAAGAACCGUCAUGAGAAGAAGAAAUUGGAGAAGGAUUCUGAUGUCAAUCUGGAAGAUGUCAUUAUUGCUUCAGCCAGCGAUGAUGGCACCACGCAACUAUGGAAACCCCUCCAGAGCAAUGAACUGACUACUCUGAUUGGUCACUCAGACCGGGUAUUGAGUGUCGCCAUGGCAACCAGCGGUCAGGUGGUCACUGCCUCUAUGGAUUGUACAGUUAAGAUCUGGACUCCUCAGCUCUCUCCGGAUCUUGUCCACGUAGGAGCCCAUGAUGCUGAAGUAUCCGCAGUCGCUAUAUCAACAAAGACCAACUUUGCUGUCACUGCAAGCAGGAAUGGAAGUGCCUGUCUAUGGAAGAUCAAUGGCUCUAACAAGGGAGAAGGCCAAACAAUGAAGCUCCUUCACACAUGGAUUGCUGCAGAAUGCUCCAUCAAUGCAAUCUGUUUCAUUGGAAAGCACAUGACAUUUGUCUUAGGCAAGGAUGAUGGUUUCCUUACACUGUGGAAGAUACAGGAACUCAAAGACAAACCUGGAUCCUACACAGCUGUGAGAGGGAAGAACCGUUUCUUGAAUGUCUACGCCUUCACCUCCAUGUCGAGCCCAGUGACUUGUCUGAAGUACGAUGAUGCUCAGGACAUCCUGCAUGUUGGAACCUGGAGCUCUGUCAUCACCCUCCGUGGUUUCACCUCCAACAAGAUCAAGCAGAAUGCCAAGAGUGUGUCUGACUGGGUGUUGGACCUGGCUCUCAUCAAAGAGAAAGGUGUUGCUGCUUCCCUCUGUAAUGGCACAGUGGCAUACUGCAAGGAGAAAUCAAUCGAGACGCUCGAUGUAUCUUACCUGUCUCCAUUCUUCACGCCCUGGUGCCACUCCCUGAUCGUCCCUCCUCCUGAAAUUGGCAAUGCCAAAGGUUUCCUGAUCGGAGACUGGUCUGAUGGUCUGAUGAUGCAUGUUGAGGAGGACAGGAGUGUCCAGGUUAUCAAACAGAUACAAGGAGGAAUGACUAGUCUAGCUCUCAGCCAGCAGCACAUUAUUUCAGCCUCCAAUGAUGGCACAGUCAAGUUCUGGAACAAAGACCUUUCCAAACAGGUGGGUCAGUUCUUCUGUCCAUCUCCAGUGACCAGCUUGACCACCAUGUCUCGGACCAGUAACACCAUCCUGUGUGGAGACCAACUAGGAAACGUCUACCUGCUUGAGUGGAAACAGUAAAUAGGACCAUGAAUGGACUAAGAUAGUCCAUGAUAGGGUCUUACCUACUUCAAAUGUCUUUUUCUUUCUUACAUACUUUAUGUUUGGACUUUAGGCAAUAGAUUUAUAUUAGGUAUUCCAUAUUAAACCUAUGAGGUACAUUUGUAGUGUGAGGUACGUACUUAUUGCAAGACAGUGGCAACAUUUGUUUAUUCCUAUAUGCUCUCUACUUUUGCCUUUGUUUGAUAAGUUUCAAAGGAGAAACACAAUGGGUAACAUUAAGAUGCAAUCGUUUUUUUUUUCCCUCAAAAUUGAGAGUUUCUAAAUGUACAUCAAUUUUUGUCGAAGAUCUUUUAUUUAGCACAUAUAUUAUACAUUGUGCAAUAAUAUACAUAUUUAACAUUUGAUAGUGCAUGAAUUAUAUUAACAAAAACCUGGUAUUUGUGUAAUGGGCAUGUUUAGAGUAUGACUCUUUUGCUCUCAUUUGAUAUUCAUAGGUAUAUUAGAUAUGCUAAAUUGGAAAAAAGAAUAUUUUAAAAGGUAAUACAAGAUUUUCUUUGUAAGGUUUGAGCUGAUAGCAUUAUAUGCAAGCAAUCUUUAUUUUGUAAAUAAUAAUCAUAUAAGAAUAAUCUGUGCUAAGUGUUUAAAACAAAGGAUUUUUUUUAGCUCAUGUCAAUGGUUAAGUUUGUAGAUAUUUUGCUUGUUGUUGGCAGAUAUUGCAUUCCCUGUUUCCUUCCUAUUUGAAAUAGAUUAAACCUGUCUUUCAGUUUUGUAUAACAUCUCCAAAGAGAGCAGAAGAUUUGAUGUUUACUAUAUAAUGUUACCAUUAGAAUAUUUGAGUCCAGACAUGUGAUUAUAGCCUAAGUUUGAGAAUUUCUCCAUAUAGUGACGUAGUAUGUUAAUUCAAAUAUUAUUUGCAGUGUUAGCUGGCUGAUUUUAUCAAAUUAUAUUUUUCUUGUAUUUCAUGCAAGGGAGUUUGUAAUUUCUUGAUAUAAUGUGUAUUGUCUUCCUCUAAUUUUCUCAAUGUAAAUCAUUGUAUUUUUGAUUACAAUUGUUCUUUUUCUGUGCCUCAUCGUGAAAAAAAAUAAACCAGAUGGAAGAUAUUGUAUUUCUCUGUAUUUUUUGUAAAAUUUGAACUACAUGGUGGUUCAUUUUUAUAUGAUACUCACAUUUUAUAAUGAAUAUCUCAGUAGUUAUAUUGGAUUUGUUGAACUGUGUGGACUGCAUGAUUUAAAUGACAGUCAUAAGAAGAAAAAAA